UGGUAGAGGAAACUGAACCAAAACAAUUAGCAAUUCGGCACCUAUGGGCCAAUCAUUAUGUAAUUUCUCGGUAUCACGAGCCUCUAGAUCCAUGCGACAAGUUCCUAAGCUAGUCUAUAUAAAGGGAUGAGUCAUAUACGAGCUAUGAGCAUCACAUUCAUCCUACACACCUACUGCAGAAAGCUAGUGAGAACUUGGUAAUCUCCCUUGUUCCUGCUAUAUACAUAAUGGCGCCGACGCAGGCUGCUGGGAAGGUGACGCUGCGCAGCGAACCAAAGGAGAAGGCGAUCCCGAGUAACGAAGAGCGCAAGGAAUGGCCUGUCCUGGUGCACGUGGUGGCGCCGGCGAAAACGGAGCGUUUCCCCAUCGACCUGGUGGCGGUGCUGGACGUGAGCGGCAGCAUGACGAAGGCGACGUCGAUGCACGGGUGGACGAGGCUGGACCUGGUUAAGGGCGCCAUGAAGAUGGUCACCAACAAGCUCGGCGCCGGUGACCGCCUCGCCAUCGUGCCGUUCAACGGCAAGGUCGUCGCCGCCGGCGCGACGCGGCUGAUGGAGAUGACCACGAAAGGCCGCGCGGAUGCCAAUGCGAAGGUGAACCAGCUCAAGGCCGGUGGCGACACCAAGUUCCUGCCAGCCCUGAAGCAUGCCUCGGGCCUCCUGGACAGCCGUCCCGCCGGCGACAAGCAGUACCGGCCAGGCUUCAUCUUCCUGCUCUCCGACGGCCAGGACAACGGCGUCCUUGACGACAAGCUGGGCGGCGUCCGGUACCCAGCACACACUUUCGGCAUGUGCCAGAGCCGGUGCAACCCCAAGUCGAUGGUGCACAUUGCCACCGCCACCAAAGGGAGCUACCACCCCAUCGACGACAAACUCUCCAACGUCGCGCAAGCGCUUGCCGUCUUCCUCAGCGGAAUCACGUCCGCCGUCGCCGUCAACGCGCGCGUCCAACUGCACGUCGCCGACAACUCCGGCGUGCUCAUCAACAAGAUCGACUCCGGAGCCUACGACAAGACGAUCGAGAGCGGGAACGGGAAGGCGUCGUCCAAGGGCACCAUCAACGUCGGCGUCUUGUCCGCUGAGGAGGACAAGAAGUUCAUCGUCUACCUCGAUGUGCCAAAGCUGGAGAACGCUCAGGCGAAGCCGCCGCAGCUGCUGCUAACGGUGGCCGGUGAGUAUAGCACACCGGCUGGCGGACGGAAGGUGGAGAAUAUGGAGGAGUCCAGCGUACAAGUCGAGAGGCCUGCGCCUGCGGGCGGCGCAACGAAAACCGGCGAUCAUCUCGUGACGUGGUCGGAGGCGGUCAUGGUGGAGAUGGUGAGGGUCAAGGUGGUCAGCAUCGUGAAGGAGGUGUUGAAGAAGCACGAGCACGACGAGGAGCCGGACCAGAAGCAGAUGGCCAAGGAUCUCAUGGAGGAAUGGGACAAGUUCAUCAAGGAGACCCCAGCCGGGAAGGACGCAGCGGAGCGCCUCAAGGAGAAGCUUCCCAAGCAUCACGUCGAGGAUAUGCGCAGGAGCCUGACCAAGGAGGAGCACGACGGCGUGCUGUACCUCUACUCGUGGCUGGCGAGCCACCAGACGCAGCAGGCCACCACCAUGGCGUCGUCGCCGCCGGCCGGCGUCAGCGGAUGGUUCCACCAGCAGUACAUGAAGCAGGUGGCCGUCGACGCGGAGUUCGACGCGUGCGGCAUCCAGCCCGGGGUAGAGACGACCGAGAUCGACGCGACGGCGGACUGCGGCUGCGUCGUGGGCCUUCAGGACAGGAUCGACCGCCGGCUGGAGCUCUGGUCCAACCUCAAGCGCGAGGCGCCGCUCAUGUUCCAGCCGUCCGAGGACGCCGAGUCGCACCACCUCACCGCCGUUUUCCGCGAGGCGUCGCUCGAUGCCAUCAACCGUGCCAUGCACCACGACAUGUACCUGGCCGUCGUGCAUGCGAGCAACCUGAGGCGAUGCUACUCCGGCGCCGGGAAGCAGCAGCUGCAUGGAUACGGCUCGUCGGAGCUGCCUGCACAUGAUGAUGAAGCGCUGCCGGCGACGCGUGCUGUUGAAAAACACAGCGAGUGAAUGAUCGAGCCACCGUGCAAGCUAUGGCGUAACGGUGGACGAUCGAUUGAAUAAGCCGGCGACGGCGAGGUUUAUCAAUUCCUCCACUUUGAUUUCAGUAUUGUUAUGGGGAGAAAAGAGUCAAGAAAAAUAAUAAGAUAGACGACCACCUCGUCCCCCAUGGGACGAGUGCCAGUCUGCUUGUGCGCUUUUCCUUACGCAAGUGUGCUCGUGUCUUUGUGAUCAAUCAAUCAAGUCAAAUUUAUUUCGUCAA